AACAGCACGACUGGCGCCGGGUGGAAAGUCACGAUUGAGAAUGCUGUUACUGAUGGGACUUCUGUCAAGUGUCAAACCACAAGGACGUUUCGCAAAUUAAAGCUCCUGCCCGUUGAAGCGUGAUGCAGCCUGCGUGCCCCCCGGCGACCGGUUCCCUACCCCCCUGUCAAGAGAAGGCAGAUUCAGCGCCCCAGGGUGGACUUUGCACCGGGCUACUGCAGGGGCUUCUCCAGCUUGCCGCUCCCUCUCUAUACCUCCCUAGGGUCCAUGCAGCUGACGGUGCCUCCAACUCAGUACAGAUCCCUUCCCCCAGGCCCCUGCCCAGCAGCAUAGGCAAACCUGAGUUUCCAGAUACGGGAUGGGACCGCGUUAAGGAUCUCUUUGAUAGGGGUGAUAUGCAGGCAUGGCCAGAGGAGCUGACCAAUGUGGUGAAGAGUGGCUUUGCUGCCGCCCUGGUUGGGAUGGUCUACGGAGGCCUUCCGGCCGCCAGGCAUGCCAGAGAGAGGUUCAUCCAGCUCAGCCAGGCCGAGAUCUACCACAGCCGAGUGGAAGCCGUGCGCUCGGCCCACAACGCUGCCGUCCGAGGCUUUGUGAGGUAUGGCUGGAGGUGGAGCUGGAGAGUAGCAGCCUUUGUCACCUUGUUCAACACUGUAAGCACAGGACUGUCUGUGUACAGGGAUAAGUAUAUCACCAGUCACUAUGCAGCAGCAGGUGCUGUGACCGGGGGCCUGUUCAGACUAAACCUGGGUGUUGGUGGACUUGUGGCAGGCACAGUAAUAGGAGCCUCCAUGGGGGUUCCGGCUGGAGCCCUCAUCAUCGCGAUGCAGAAGCUGUCGGGGGAGACGCUUCGAGAGAGGAGGAGAAGGGAACGCAGAGAGCUGUAUGAGCUCAAGCUGACUGAAUGGAUGGCCCGUUUGCAGUUGACAGACGACCUGAUCGGGGACUUGAGUUCCACAUCACAAGCCCAGGAAGCUGAGCAGGACCUGCAGAAGAUCCAGGAAAUCCUCAGCCUACCCCGGAACGAGGGUGUGGCCCAGGACUCGGACAGCCAAUGACAGUGGGCAAAACACUCCUUUGCGUGUCUCAUGUACAAUGACGUCGUACCUUUCCUUGUGAACAGACUUUUUGAGAGCUCCCUCUCUGAGGGCAUGCUAGGUUAGGUUCAAAUCCUUUUUAGUUCUCUUUUCAUACACAGUCAUUUGUCUGAUCGUACUGAAUUGUGACUAAGAGCAUGCCAGUUUAAGCUGUCUGACAGAAAAGCUGACCCACAAGCUUUAUGACCUGCCCAUUCAGCUGCUCAUCAAGCUCUUGAUUCGUUGAAAAGAGACCAUGGUAUCUGACCUUGAACGGAAAUGUGUUGAUCUGGGAAGUUCCCUGUGCAAACAAGUCAAGAAAUGUCUCACUGCCGAUGUCAAAGUGUGGACUUCCAAGGGCCUCCCUCCAACCUGUUAUGACAACUUCACACUUUUGUUUCUGCUUUCAGAUAAACUUCUGGGAAAAAAGAACCACUUUAUCUUGUUGGCCUGGUAGUGUGUGUGUGGGGAUAUUGUUUAUGACUUGCGUGUUUAUGGUGGACACUAUUCUCAUCAACUUGUGACUGUUUUUUAAAACUGUUCUUCACACGACACCUUGGCAAAAAGCAUGACUGGUCAACAGGCAGUCAUCAUCCCCUCGUCUCUCUCUGUCUGGUCUGCUUCUCAGUGCUCUGGAUGUGGUUGCCGGGCCUGUCAGCAACUGGGUCAGACGCAGCCCCUGCUGUAAACAUGCCACACGGCAGCUGCAGCUGGGCUGUCCCGGACACUGGCUCUAAUGAGCAGACGUCCAGGAUAGCCAGGGGCCAGACCAGAAGAACCACGUAUCACAUCCAGCGUCGAUAUUGAGGGCCAGGAGUUAGGGUUAGUGAUUCAGGAUCACAUCCAUACGUGUCGUGAAGAGCAUUUUCAGCGUUAAGUUUAAUAUGUUACGGGUGAGGAAGAUGGAUGCGUUGGUUUUGUCCUCGUUUAUAGUGUUAAUGUACUGAACGAAAAUGUUUAUGGAAUGGAAUUUGUGUUUAUGGAAUGGAAU